AUGUGGAAAUAUUGCAUAUUAAUUAUUCAUAUGGUAUGCUUGGUAGUGUCCCGUAUAGAGAUCGAAGAUUUAAAAGUGGUCCAAAACCGACAAUUUUUUAAUGACGGAAAAGAGCCUAAAUUGAUUAAUCCAAAUGGCCCAUUAAAUCUAUUGCGCGGAUAUAUUUAUCACAAAAAUGGAUAUAUGCACAAUAAGAGACUCUUUUCGCAUGAGCUAGAUAUUAAGUAUAAGUUUGAGACUGUUGAAGACGAGCAUACAGGAGCCAAGCAGCACAUAUUUACCAGGCUCUUUCACAAUGACACAGCACAUCCAUUUUUCAAUACUGUUUUUCAGAUUGGAUCAAAGAAUGAGGAAGAGAAGAAACUAAAAAAAUACAUAUGCGCAUACCACAGCAAGCUCGUUCAUAUGUUUAAUGAAAAUGAUAUUUAUGUCUCUAUUGCAUCUGGUAAAAGUGACUCGCUUAUUCAUUUUCUUAAAUAUGAGCCUGUGCGAAAGUACUCAAAAUAUAUUUUAGCGUCUCUUCUGCUGCUAUCCGAAGGGUUUGGGGUUCCAAUUUCUUUUACAGCAGACAGCAAUAAAAAAACAUUCCUCAAUAUAUGGAAGAAAGACUCAAAGGACGUCCACUGCACUGUUUGCAUGGAUGUCCCUGGAUAUAAUCCAGUGACUGAUUCUUUUGAUGACAUCCCACAGAAGGAAGCAAAAAGCAUCAUAGACUUCUUUAUCUGCCAUCACAAAAGCAAGUUCUUAAAAAAAACAGGAGAGCUUGCAGAGCCUGAUAGCUUUGACGAAUUUAGUACGGGGGCCUUUCUUAACAGCCUUGGUUUUCUAAUACAAAUGUACAUCUUUGAGUUUAUAGACAACGCCCACGAUGUAAUAGAAUUCGUUCAAGCUGUAUAUGAAAUUCUAAUAGAAUAUUUGCCUUCUAACAGUAACGCUUUAAACAAACAAACACAGAAAGAUUUUCGUUUGUUUAAUAGAUGUUUCGCGCCAAUUGACAAUAUAUCUAUUGGGCUUGAAUACGUUGCAACAGCAGAGCGCAUUAGAGAGAUCAAGGCCAUAAAUAGAGCUCUUCCAUUCUUCUGUCUUUCACAGGUACCAAUGUUCUGCAAAAUUCCCGAAUACUGCAGCACAUCCGGCACAUAUCUCUCUGAAUACACAAAUUAUUUCACCAACUGUGGCGAGACCGCUCUGCUUGGGCUGUUUUGCUGUUUGCUCUAUGACGCAGCUACACAAAAGUAUACAACAACCCACCUGAAAAGACCAGACCCAAAACUGGUUGCUUUUUUUGACAAGUACAAAAAUCCAAGAGAGUCAGCCAGCCUGGAAAUGCACAAUGACUGGAAUAAGGUUAUUUCAAACAGAAGUAUAGAUGACCUCGGAUAUGCAUCAAAUAAGAAUCAAGUGGUCUCUGGAGUUCUAAACAUGCUCUAUUUCAUUGUUCACCUCACUGGCAACUAUGUGAAAGAAACCCCUAAAAUUGCAAAGCUCAGCGCAUACGCUUCUACAAAUGAGUUGUCUAAUGUAGAUUUGCAUACCAAGCUAUCCUGCUAUAUUAUGAAAUUACUCUCUAAAAUAUCUAAAAACAAGAAUUUUACGUGUCUUCUAAGCAAAAUAUGCAUUGGCGCACGUACAGAUAAUAAGACUGAUAUAUUUGGAUUAAUUGAGUUAAAAUAUAUAUAUUCUCAGAUUACACAACGUACAUACAUAUCAAUCCAGCCUAGGCAUAGCCUGUUCAUCAUCUUUGAAGCUAUUGGCUGUCCUUUUAAAACUAUGGAAUUGGAGCUUUUCUUAUUAUCCCGUAAUUAUAGUAAGAAAAAAAGCUUCAUAGAAAUAUUAUUGCAUGAGUACAUAAUUCAAAAUAUGUACAAGUUCCAACCUAUGUAUCCAAUGAAUAUUGUAAACAAUAUAAAAAACACAAUUCAACUUGUAGUAAAGGACGAUUUUAAAACUAUGAAUCGCCUGCAUCUGAUAGAGCCCAUGGAGUACAUUCAUUCCAAGUCGGAAAUGGUAUGCUACUGCCUGAUGUUUUGCUGUAAAGAAAAGCUUAAUACAGAACAUCCAAUAAUAAGAUUUACUUCAAAUAUACUAUCAAGCAUUUCUCUCUCCUCGCCAUGCUAUCAGGAGAGAGUUCUUCCCCCUCUCGUGUACUUUGACCUUUACAAAACCCACUAUCCAUACAUACAAAUUGAUGAAAGUAAAUGGAGUGAGAUUGCCUUGGGAAAAAGUGGCUGUCCUGCUGUGUUUAGAUGCGUAUUAGAUAUAGAGGCACCUGAUAUUUUUAUUAAGGCUUUAGACAUGUAUUCAAAAUUAGACAAAAAUGCUAAUAUGAGCAAUACAAGCCCUUUUUAUUUUCACAUGACAAUCAAAGCAAUAUUUAGGUGUCUUUUCAAAAACCAUGAAACUGCAAAUGCUUUUGAAGUGUUGGAUAUUCUAAAAAGAAACUAUCCAGAGAACGGUAGCGCUAUCUGCAAUCAUAUUAUUUUAAUAUGGAUAGUUUAUAUUUGCUCUCAAAAAGACUAUCCGGAGCAGCUCAUUAUUGAUCUAUUUAACCGUCUUGAGGAAAAUGUUUCCUACGGAAUAGAAUUUGUUAUAUAUAUUGACAAAGUGGUUUCCAAAGAGCACCAUACAGCAGUAAAAGUUUUGCAGUUUUUGAAGCAUACUUUGACCCACCAGAACAACGGAGCCAAAAAGUUCUCUGAGAUGAUGUGUGCCCUGGAUAAGAUGGCAGAAUUAGUGAAGAAGCCUAAGGAAACCUCGUCUUCAGUGCGUAAGCUUUUCUGCCUUCAUUUUUAG